CGCGAUUCUCCGGAUGCCUGCGAUACGGCGGAAGUUCCGCUUUCUUUUGCGGCGCCUGCUGAACCUCGACACAGUCAUACAGACCACUGGUGUCUUUUGGCGCCGCCUCUUUCCGGCCUACCUCGCCUUAUUGCUCGAUAUCAUUUCCACAUGGCUCAUCCAGGUGAAUGCCAGCGUUUUGUACCGUGGCGGCACGAUUCAUCUUCGGUCUGUGUCACUGGUCACUGCAGGGCAUCGGUCCGUUCUUCAUUCCCGAGUUGGGUGGGGACCCCGCAUAUUGGCUGCCAAUCAUGCAGGUGAGCGACAGCCGCACCAUGGAGGCACCUCACCUGGUGGAGAUCGGCGUUUUGAUUUGCAGAGUGUUCUGUUCGCUGCCACGAUGGUGGGGAUGAAUGUGAAUGGCGUCCUGGUGGAUGUGCUCCCGCCUUAUGCCCUGGUGCAAAUAAGCGUCCUGGGAACGUCCAUAUCCGUGGCGGUAGCAGGCGUCGUCACCCAGCCGUGGAUGUUUGUCGCCACAGCAGGUGCAGUGCAUGCCUUAUUCCUUCCUGUGCUGGCAUUACAUGCACAUCCACGGAAGUGCCAGAUAUUUGUCUGCGUGUGUUUGUUGUGUGUGGCGUGGAUAGCCUUGGUUGGGGCUACUGCCUGCACGGAUCCUGUGGUGGGUGCGAUGGUCUUUGAAGCGAUACCCGACUUCCAUAUGGACGGACUCACGAGUGUUCUCAGGGCCCAAUUCAUCACAUACAAAGUGAAUAACACGCAGUCGAGAACCUCAGCGUGAUGAUGAGACAUGCGCUUGUUGUGCAUGCAUGUCCUCUCCAGUCAGUCACCAAAGGGAUGGGCUUCAUCCUCGGCCCUCUGCUCGCUAUCCUCAUCUCGCCCUUCAUCGGUGUGUCGAUUGAACCUGUCUUGCUACUGCAUGAACGCUGUCCGGUUGUCAUGUGUCCUACAGGCUAUUCGCUGACGUUUUUCAGCGUCGCAGGCCUUGGUGGCGUGCUUUUCAUCCUGCUGGCCGGCUACAGGCUUGCCGGAAAGCACCCAUCAGUCGACCAAAUCGUCCAGGCUUUGUAAGCAGCGAAAUACCCACCCCUGUACCGUCGCGAGCGCUACCUGAGCCUGUCUCCUUCGUUUCUAUGAAUGGGCAGUGCGGCUCUGGUUCGGUCUGGCACAACGGAGGUCGAUGAAGACGAGGAAGAGCAGGACGACGAUGAGGGCAGCAAUCCCAGCAUCGACGUGGCCGCCAGCUAUCAGCACACGCUCUCAAACGCAAUGGAAUCCUUCCCCACUUCGCGAAAGAAGAGAAAACCCAGGGCGAGCAAAGGAAAUGCACGCGCCAUUUCAGCACAAACUCACCUGGCUGACCGAUUUGUCUGUCAUGCAGUCGCAGGGCGGGACGAAGUUUGCCAAGGCCGUCCGCAUGGCCAUCUUCGCCGACCCCUUUCUCUCGCACGCCAUCCAGCGGUCCAAGACACUUAAGCGGCCGUCGAUUCAGCGACUGACACCAGCAGAGGAGGCACUCCCUCCCGCAGAGAGACGGUGGCUCAAGAUACGGAAGAACCUCAGGUACAUCGCCGACCUCGAUGUGGAGGGCAACCGCUCCCGCCAUUCCUUCGACCUCUUCAGUCGGGUCAAGAGCAAGACAACGUCCUUCACCACCAGCAGGGCCGACAGCAAGCGCAAAGCCCGCGUCAAGAUGAUGGACUCAGACCUCGAGGAUGCCACGCCCAUUGCGACAUCCUUUUCGACGCAGGCCCUGCUGCUCGGUCAACCGGAGGCCGACAAAGAGGCGGCGGCGCCCAUGGGCCGCGACCAGAUCAAGUGGCUGCGAAGCGCAGCGUUGCUGUCCGAGAUGCCCUCGUCGCACCAGCUAUCAGACAUCAUCUCUCGUCGCGUCUCCGAGCACCUCCGAGAUGGAGAUGCAAUGGAGGCGUCUCCGGAGCCGCCCAGCUACAAGGUCUACAAUCUCGACAUAGAAGACGAUGUCGACCACAAUCAGGACCAGGCCGCCUCGCCACUCAUGAUGUCUGCCGAAGACGUCGAAAACCCGCAGGAGACGAUAAGCUCUGCUGUCCGGCCCUCAUCGUCCACGUCCCCCACCACCAAGACAAAGCCAUCCUGGUUCUGGCGUGGCCACAAAAGGGACACCCGCCGGCCGGAAGAGCCUAGUGGGCCUCCUACGCAUCCGCAUCGACAUCGCGAGAGGCGCGGCUCGCAUGCUGGGAGCGCGGGCAGCACCGGCAGCUCAAAAAUAUCCCGCCGGCCGAGUCUGGCCACGAGUGUCAUCAUGACAGUGGGAGACGUGCAGUACUUGGUGAAUACGCUCAUGGCUGAGGAGGCCGCACCCUUUGAGGAGAAGCUGAGACGCGAAAGAGAGCACGCUGAUCGCACUCAUGCCGCAGCUGUGGAGGCUCGCAAGGCACCUGUGGCAAGGCAGCAGGAGGCUCCGAGAGCAGACGAAAAAGCGGAGACGGCAGAGAGUGCCGCGCAGCGGCUUGUGUCUCGUGGUGAGAGCGCCGCCAGUGCCGCCAACCGAAGUGUCUUGACCGAGUCAGAACUGCGGGAGCUGAUGCAGCAAACGUCGCCCUUUCAUCUGACACCACCCAGAAGCAGCAGCGCAUCAUCGGCUGAUAACGGCGACCAGCCACCACCAGAGAAGAUACCCACAAAGGACUUCUUCGCCGACAUUGUUAUUCAGGGCGGCGACACGACCUCUGCAUCGGCCUACCCGCCAUUCACUCCAUCCUUUGCGCCACGUGAAGCGAUACACGGUGCUGCGCCGGGAGAGGACAGCGCUGAAGCGCCCAGGCCAGCUGCUGGCCCGUGUUUGAGUCUGAGUGACGACACGCAACGGCUCUCAAGUACAGUGGUGUCUCCUACAAGCAUCAAGCCGAAGAAAAACCUCGCAUUCGACGAACAGGGCAGCGGCGAUGUGGUGAACCUCACCUUGUCCGAAGAGUCCAAGGAAGCCAAAGGGCCCAACAUUCAGAUCCCCGCUUCUCCCAAUGGAGUGUCACCCCAUCUCUCGCCCGCUUCCCCCACCUCGCCCCAUGCACAUGAAGACGGGUCAUCGGCUGUGUCGUCGUCGGCGGCAGAAUCGAGCACGGCGAAGAAGCCGUCGAAGGUCAAGGCCUUAGUCCGUGCUGGUCUGGUGAUCGUAGCGUUUGCCCUGGGUGUGGCGCCCUACCAUGCGUGCGUGGGCAAUUUUCCUCUGGUGGCCAUCAAACGCUUUGGAUAUGACUUUAAUGCGACCAACGCCACGCUGUUGGGAUACACGACCGCGCAAUUCAUCGGCUUUGUGUAAGGCGGAGAGCCGAGCAUCUUGUCCAAACGGUGCACGCCUCCUUUGUUGGUUUGUUGCAGCACCGUUCCCCGUUUCUUGAUGCCGCAUCUCGGUCCCUGGGCUGCAACCUUGGUGUAAUACCAAUGACAGACACACGUGCAAGUAUCCUACUUACAUUUGUGGAUGGCCACUAAGUACUUCAUUAGUGGCAUUGGCCUUACCCCCGUCUCCCUGGCUCUCCUUUGUGUGUGUGUUCAGCUGUUUUCUGGGCCUCACUGUCAUCGGUGCGUUCAACCUGCACACAGAGACACAAGCACUCCCUUGAGUAGCGGCUUCUUUGUGUGUGCAGCUUUCUACUUUCCUGACGUGUCGUCGCGGACGAUGUUUCACGUUGUCAUGCAAGUGCUGCUCCCCUUCUUUGGAUCGCUCAUGGAGCCAGGAAUCACACGUACGCACCGCAACACACACGUACACAGAGAAGUGCACCUAUGAUGGAUCUGCAUUUCUGCAGUGUUGCUCACGAGUUUUGGGACUGGUCGCACGGGGCUGGUGCUCGCCCUGCUGGUCACGGCAGGGAUGGGGGGGAAGUCACUCGCGUCAUUCAUAUCAGGUACUAACUUGUCUGUCUGAGACAGCAAAAGAAACGCUUGCUGCCUUGAUUUCGUCCUCUAGGUCUGUACUUUGCCAAGAGGACGUCUCUUUCUCUCUUUGGCGUCUCCCCUCCUCUGUGGAUCGAAGACUAUGGCUACAGCCGCCUGCCCUUUUACAUCACCACAGCCACAGGCGUCGUCGCUAUACUGUGCAUCCUGCUCACCAUCGACCUACAGCACUAUGCCAAGGUGCGCAAGCAGCGGCAGCUCAUAACGCAGCGCACCAGGUCGAGGCUCAGGUCAGCGGAGAAGCGUCGUAAGAUGCGGUCGCGGCGGCUGAGGCGGGGCCCCGCCUUCCACGACGAGGAGAAGAAGGAGCUGGAUGAGUGUCUAACCGAGUUGGAUAAGGGUGCGCUCGCUGUCAUCAGCGACAGCGUCCGAUCUCUCGGGAAGCUGCUCGAGCUGUCGCGGAGAAAACAACACGUGGCGCAGAAAUGAGCUGGUAUGUAUUCUGUUCUGUGUGCGUGUGACUUUUUCGUCGAUCGCAUGCUAUCUUGUGUCGAUACGUGUGGACAGCAUUCACGUGCAUGCCUACACGUUUUUCUCCCACUCCGUUCCCCACGGCACACGUGCUCGACUGCAUGCACCCCUUUCAUGUGCCUGUCUGCCUGUGUCACCGCAUUUACUACAUGUAUGACUGUGUGCCAAUCGCCCAACGGAGCCUGCAGCGAGGGGUUGGCGGUGCAAAGCUCAGCUCUGAGCUCUGGACCACCACCCUCAGCCUAAUUCGGUAUUAGGGUACAUGCACGAGAGUACAUGCGUGCAAGUCAUUUCAUGACGGAUUCAUGGUGCAAUGCUGUUCUUCCUGUGGUUCUGCCGCCUCCAUGAUCUGACUGAACUUCAAUCAACUCAGUUGCAUGAAUUGACCACUUCAUGAAUCGGUCACUUGUGUGUCCAUGCGCCAGUCAUCA